UCUCCCUUAGUCAGUCUCUCUCUCUCUCUCUCUCUCUCUCUCUCUCUCUCUCUCUCCCUCUCUCCCUCUCCCUCUCCUUCCCUCUCUCCUCCCUCUGCCUCUGCUGUGCAUAAAGUCUCCGUCGCUCCUGGAACUUGUUGGCAAUGCCUAUUUUUCAGCUUUCCCCCGCGUUCUCUAAACUAACUAUUUAAAGGUCUGCGGUCGCAAAUGGUUUGACUAAACGUAGGAUGGGACUUAAGUUGAACGGCAGAUAUAUUUCACUGAUCCUCGCGGUGCAAAUAGCAUACCUGGUGCAGGCCGUGAGAGCAGCGGGCAAGUGCGAUGCAGUCUUUAAGGGCUUUUCGGACUGUUUGCUCAAGCUGGGCGACAGUGUGGCCAACUACCCGCAGGGCCUGGACGACAAAACGAACAUCAAGACCGUGUGCACAUACUGGGAGGAUUUCCACAGCUGCACGGUCACAGCCCUUACGGAUUGCCAGGAAGGGGCGAAAGAUAUAUGGGAUAAACUGAGAAAAGAAUCCAAAAACCUCAACAUCCAAGGCAGCUUAUUCGAACUCUGCGGCAGCGGCAACGGGGCGGCGGGGUACCUGCUCCCGGCGCUCCCUGUGCUCCUGGCGUCUCUCUCGGCAGCUUUAGCAACCUGGCUUUCCUUCUGAGCGCGGGGCCGGCUCCCCCCGCGCGCCCACCCACACUCACUCCAUGCUCCCGGAAAUCGAGAGGAAGAUUCAUUCGUUCUUUGGGGACGUUGUGAUUCUCUGUGAUGCUGAAAACACUCAUAUAGGAUUGUGGGAAAUUCUGAUUCUUUCUGAUUUUGUUUGAUCUCUUGUGUUUUUUAUUUCCUAAAUGUUACCAAUCAGUGAGCAAGCAAGCACAGCCAAAAUCGGACCUCAGCUUUAGUCCCUCUGCACAUACAAAUAAGAAAACGGCAAACCCACCCCAUUUUUAAAAUUUUUAUUUUUUGGCAAAAGAAUCUCAGGAACGGCCCUGGGCCACCUACUAUACUAAUCAUGUUAAUACAUGAGAAAUGACGGGCUCCUCCUAACAGAAAAGAGGAGAGGAGAAGGCCAGGGGAAUGAAGUCAGGAUAGACGUCCACAAGGGAAGCUAUUGGUGAAUAAUUCACGCUCACUACUUUCUUCCACAGUAUCUUGUUUUGAUCAUUACCGCUGCACAUUUCUCCUCAAGAAAAGUAAAAGGACAGGUUGUUGGCUUUGUGUUUUAAGGACAGGAGGGAGAGAGGAAAAGCGUGGGGGAAAUCUUGGGUUCUCUAACCCAAGAUUAGGCUGGCAGAAGAAAUGCCGCUAAAGUCACUGAGAGGCUCGGCUUUACCUGUUACAGAUGCAUCUUUCCAAGUCCACUGCCUUCCUUUUCCCUCCUCUCUUGUUUUAGCUGUUACACAUACAGUAAUACCCGAGUAUCCAACGGUGUAGAUCACAAGGGGGGAUGUUAAAUGUUACUCUAAAAUAUAGUUUAAACAGAUUUUGACAUAGAGAGCCUUGAUUUUAAAAAAAGAGAGAGAUGUAAUUUAAAAAGUUUAUUAUAAAUUAAAUUCAGCAAAAAAGAUUUGCUACAAAGUAUAGAGAAGUAUAAAAUAAAAGUUAUUGUUU